GUGACUUAUUACCCGGACAUCGAGACGAUGAUAGUCAAGGUUCCCGGCUGCUAUAAACCUGGACUUGCCUUCGGAAUGAUCUCCGAUGGGACCUUCGCCGAGCUCAGGGCGAUGGGAGUCGGCCGCGCCGAGAUAGAACCCACCGAGCAUACCACCUACACCGCGCCCCUUUCCGGGUCCAGGAAGGAAGGCGGCUGCGGGCGCAAGAAUGCCCUCCUGCGGUCUUUGGAUAAUGGCUGUCCCCAUUUUGUCAUUGAGGCGGGGCUUUCGGAGUCGCUCCCCGGGCUUCGGCAGGAUGUGAAUUGGUGGUUCGCUAAUAGUGGUGAGACAGGAGCCCUGCUUGCCUUGCUCAUCAGUAUUUCACGUGCCAAUCGCACGACUACUAUUGAAAAAUACCACCCAAUCCCCCGUCAGACACAAGCGACCGGAGGGGGCGUGGUCUAUGUGAAGCAUCUUGUAUCGACGACUAUCGUGAACAUGGGCAUUUCGGCUGCCGCCGUCGAGGGACAACCCUUGGUUCUGGGAUUUCAUCGCAUCGUGGGUCGGCAGCCUGUUGGGCUAGAACAUGAUCUGACAUUUACGGGCAUUACCUUGCUGGAAAUCGGAAGAGCCGUGUUUCGAAAUUGA